AUGGCCGACUUCCUGCCAAGAAGAAUAAUUUCCAAGUAUCUGAGUUCGCCGCUAUCCUCUCGACCUAGGGCUUCCAAUCCUUUCCGUUUCAGAAGGGGAUCAUUCAAAGAUUACCACCCAAAGGGAAGGAAAGAGACCAAAUGGCCUAUUGAUCUUUCCUCCUUUGGUGAAAUUAAAUCGAUGUUUCUUGUUGGAGCACUGCUACGUUUUGGAUUUGUAACAGCUUGGCUCUUUCACCUUGUUGCCUGUAUGGGAGCAGUUGCUGUCUUGGAUGUGAUGCGAAGCACAAACUGA